GUGGUUCUGCACACAAAGGACACAUGGAGCAGAGCUGGUGACAACGGAACAGAUGACAAAGUCGUCCCUGCUGUAGCUGUCAGAUGUAUCUCUGCUACAACCAGUUCUGAUGGCAAAAGAAAGGAAUCACGACCUGCAGUAUCGAUCAAUGAUCUAUCCAGCGCUGGACACAAACUCUCCCUGUGUCCCACAGCCGGAUCUCCGUGUCCUGCAGUCAGGGAAGGCUUGUUCCGAUGGAUUUCAUAGCGGUCAUUCACAAAAUGAACGAUUCACAACUUACUGCGACCUGUCCCUCAGAUGUGGACACAGCAGGACGUGGCCUCUGCACAGACCUGGAUCACCACCACCAUCAUCUCCACCCGGGGAGGAUCUGCUCCGCUUUAGGACGCCUGGCUUUUUGGAUCUAGGAGGACAGACCAUGUACCAGGGCCUGACCCUCACGUCUAACCACGGCCAGUCUGCCUACUCCCAUGACUCUGCCAACUUCCUGCACCCGACUGCCAACCACUAUAUGCAGACAGGACGUGUGCCCGCCAUGCUGCAGCCCUUACCCUACCUGCAGAGCUGCGACAGCGCCCACCAGGGCCACCACCUGGGCGGCCACCCGGCCUGGACCCCGGCGGCUAAUGACAACCAUGCCUUCAAUGCCAGCAGCCCCCACACCCCCUCCGGCUUCUCCUACUCACACAGCCCGCCCGUGGGCACCAACGCCGGGAGGGAAGGAGCCUUCCAGAGCCCGCUGAUGGGCAGGGAACCCUAUGGAAACCCGCUGGUCCGCUCCGUCAGCGGCUCCUACUCCAGCCCGUACCCGUACGUCAGCCCCGAGAUGCCCCCCUCCUGGGCAGCCGGGCACUUUGACAGCAGCAUGUUCAGACAGGGUCUGCCCGGGAGACGGUCCAGCCUGGAAUACUUUGAAGAUUUCCAUGCAGAGGGAAGAGAAUGUGUCAACUGUGGAGCAAUGUCGACCCCUCUGUGGAGACGGGACGGCACAGGACACUAUCUGUGCAACGCCUGCGGAUUGUACCAUAAAAUGAAUGGAAUCAACCGACCGCUCAUCAAACCACAGAAAAGACUGUCUUCCUCCAGGCGUGCUGGGCUUUGCUGUACAAAUUGCCACACAACCACUACAACCUUAUGGAGGCGGAACUCAGAGGGAGAACCUGUGUGUAAUGCCUGCGGCCUAUACAUGAAGCUGCAUGGGGUUCCUCGUCCUUUAGCCAUGAAGAAAGAAAGUAUUCAAACUCGAAAGAGGAAACCCAAAAAUGGUAAAGGGAAAACAACAGGGCCAAACACUUCAGCCAACAAUUCUCCAUCAUCAGUUACAACAGACACCACUCCGGUAUUAAAAACAGAGCCAACAACACUAUCAGCACAGUACCCUGGACAGUCGAUCGGACCCGGCUCUCAGGGUCAAAGCCAAACAGAUGAAAUCGUAGCUGGGCCUCACGAGUUAAAAUAUAUUUCAGAUGAAUAUCACUUUAGUACAACACUGAACCAACAGUCAGGACUCAACGUUCCUCUCCGUCAGGAUCCGUGGUGUGCACUGGCUCUUGCCUAAAAUUCUGAACUUUCCUGGAAAACACAGAGACUGAUGUCUCUACAUGCUGUAGUGAGCGGAUAUGUGCAGAGAGGAGGCUUCUCUUCACAUUGCUGAUGGGGCAAAGAACAAGACUGGCACUUUUUGUAGUCAGAAACUAUGGGCUUGAACUUGGUGUUCUUAAGAUCCUUCAAGAGAAGAGGAACCCUAUGCUCAAGGAGGUUGUAGCCUCUCGCGUGAGAUCCAAAAGGUGGUGGGACAGGGUCCAGAUGACAAUUGUGGACAACUUACAAUGAUUUGACGUGGAAUCCUCGCCACAAGGGAAUUUGCUUCGUAACUUUUGACAAUCAAUAGAAACUCCCACUUCAGUCUUGAGAACUGGAGACUACUAACUGCAAAGCGCGACCAACCUGGAUAAGAAGAUAAAAAAGUAGUAAAAAAAAAAAACUUUUAAACUUUUUACUUUGAAACAAAGACUAUUGACAAAUUGCCAAAUAUUGAUUGCUUCCCUCCUAUUACCUUAAGUGCAAUUACUUCCACUUUUGAAUAAAGAGUGAUAAUGUGGCACAAGAAUAAUGAAUAACAUUGGCACAAUUUCCUGUGCACCUUUUACAUGUAAAUUAUUCUAUUUUUUUUCCGCUCUCAGAUUUAUUAUAAGAACUGGUUUGAUAAACUGCUCAUUUUGGGCAAAGUUCAUUUA